AUGGCUAGUCAACAGGGAAAAUGGCGGGAGGAGCAAGUCCUCAUCAUCUGCCCCGGCAGCCAGACUACCAUGGCCCAGCUGGGCUGUGGCGAGCUUACACCUCCCGCGCAUCGUAUUCCCACUAGAAUGUUCAAAGACCCCGACACCAAGGAAUACACCCCUUACCGCAUAUACAAGCGCAAGAAGGCUGGCGCAUCCGGAAGUGCUGCUGCCAGCGACGAGAAAGAUGACGACCAAUGGGAAUAUGUCGAGGAUCGCGACAGCGUUGAGGGUGCAAUAUAUCCUCUACAGGGUGGUCGCAUCGUACAUAUGGCUGCCUUCCUAGCAUUCCUCGAUCACGUCCACAGUUUACUCACAACCACGUACCAUAACACACCCAUCCUGCUCAUGGCAUCGCCGCAGUGGACACGACCCUGCUGUGAAACGAUCGCGCGCUACGUAUUUGAGAAGACUAAGACUCCUGCUCUAUGCUUGCUGAAUAGCGCAGUCGCAACGCAGUAUGGCUUGAAGUGGCCCACCUUGACAGUUGUCGACAUUGGCUUCGAGAAAGUCGACGUUACCUGCAUACACGAAUACCUGAUUGUUAGCCACAAGCAACUAGGCCAUCCUAACCCCUUCCGAGAUAUCGCAGGCGGAGAGAUUUUUACCCAAAAGCUACUGUCGCUUCUGAAGGACAAGAACUUUACUUAUGACAUGGCCGAGCAGCUCAAGAAGAGUCCCUUGUGUGAAGUUCUACCAUACGCGCCUGAAGCUGAGAACUUCAUGGAACUCCCUACGGACAAUCCGACCGUGGCUACUGGCCAGCCUAUCGCCGCUGCUCCACCUAGCGGAGAAGGUGUAAAAGUCGUUGAGCCUCCAAAACCCGCCACGGCCUUUGGCGGCGAAACGGAUGGCACAGCUACAGAGGGAAAGGAGGCCGAUGAAGGUGUCCUUGACGUAGCCAAUAUUGUCACUAGCGGAAAUACUCGAGAAUUCCUGGCGAAGAAAGAAAAGGAGAAGGCCGAGAAGGCGAAGUCGAAAAAGCAAGGCAAGGGUCAGGAAGCCGAGCCUGCGGGGGCCAAGCCAGCUCGAUUGCCCAACUCCAAGAGAAAGUUUAACACGUUCCAUUACGAGGAGCUGGUGCAUGAGGACGUACAAGUUCCCAUCUCAAACGGAGCUCCUAAGACGGAAUCUUCUGCUCCGACAAAUGGUACUGCGCCCACGGGUGACGCGCAGACUGCCGAGGCGGCACCUGGCGCCCAAGAGACGAAGCCCGAGCUGUCUGCAGACGCCAAUGGUGAUGUCGUAGAGUCCACAGCCAAUGCUACCGGCACGGAGCGACGAACGAGGCGAGUGCGACGUGAUAUUGAGGUCGGACUUGAGAGAUUCCUCUUCGCAGAUCGUCGCGAGAUAGACCGUAUUACCGAUACGAUCUAUCAGGCGAUUCAGAGCAUCGAGGAGCUCUACAAGCGUCCCGGCUGCUGGGACAACAUCGUCUUUGUCGGCAACGGCAGUCGUCUGCGUGGCCUCAAGGACAACAUUAUCCAGACCCUCAUCGCGCGUCACAUGGUCUCGCCUAGUACCGCUACGAUAUUUACUUCCGAGUUACCCUCUAACAUGGCGACGCCGAGUGGAACCGGCUCUCAGACACCCACUGGCUCUUUCACCGGCCAGCUCCCGACCACGAGCGCGGUUAAUCCGCUACUGCAAGCGGCGACAACCGCUUCUCUAGGUGUUCCAGGCUCGGCGCUAGCUCCCGGCUCAGCAGCAGGAGACAUUGUAUCCGGUCAUCAUUCGCAUGGCCAGUCGCCUAUGAGCAUUAAGCAAGCACCUCCGCCCACGUACUUGGCGGAAUGGACCAAGAACGGCUUUGAGGAGGCCAUGUUCCUUGGCUCGCUCAUCGCGGCCCGUCUGGCUUUCUGCGUCCAUAACUUGGAUGCCCAGACUACGGAGUCGCAGCGCAUGAUGAGCCUCAAUCGUGUCGAUUACAAUGAGCACGGUCCUAAACUGAUCAAUUCACACUCCAUGCUGGGUUGA